GUAAACUUGCCAGCUCCAUCACCAAUUCCAUCUCUCAACCCAUACACCAGCAUGAAACACCCUCUUAACCCAAAAUUAAACAAAAGGAGACAAAACCUCCAUACCAAAAAGAAAAAGACUCGGAGAACAACAAAAAAUUUCUCCGACAGCGGCUCGUUUCUACCCGGAGCUACCCUUCAUUUCCGGCUUGGAGAUGACCGUUGUUCGCCUUCUUGUUCUCCUUUUCCUCUUUAUACUCUCCUUCUGCAACCUCUCAUCUUCCUUAUCAGAAAAUGAGGCUCUUGUCAAAUUCAAGGAAUCUUUAACUAAUGCUGAGGCUUUAGAUGAUUGGGUUUCAGGGCCAAGCCCUUGUGAAGAAAAAUGGGUUGGUGUUGUUUGUUUUGAUGGGACCAUUACAGGCCUUCAUCUUUCAAAUUUAGGUCUAUCAGGAACUAUUGAUGUUGAAGCAUUACAAGAACUUCCUGGCCUCAGAACAACAAGUUUCAUAAAUAACUCAUUUACAGGUCCAAUCCCUGCUUUUAACAAAAUUGGUGCGCUGAAGUCACUUUUAUUAUCCCAUAAUGGAUUUUCUGGUGAAAUAGCAAAUGAUUUCUUUGCUCCAAUGUUAUCUUUAAAGAAAGUUUGGCUUUCUGAUAAUAAAUUCACAGGAAAAAUACCUGAAUCAGUUAUGCAACUCAAAAAUCUUAAAGAACUGCAUCUUGAAGGGAAUCAAUUUUCUGGGCCAAUCCCACCAUUGAAUCAAGCCAAACAGGUUAUAACCUCCUUAGACUUAUCAAAUAACAAACUCGAAGGAGAAAUUCCUUCGUCUUUUUCAACAUUUAGCGCUGAUUCAUUUGCCAAUAAUGAUAAACUCUGUGGACAACCACUCCAUGUAGCUUGCUCUUCAAGCACUCCAUCAUUAGCUGUAUCAUUACCUAACUCAUCAUCAUCUUCUUCUUCUGCUGCUGCCACCUCUGUUGCUUCUUCUUCUAAUCCUUCGGAUUCUGCUUCAGAAGGUAGUCGCAAAAACGUGGUUAUGUUUGUAGUAUUGGGACUAAUAAUAUUUUUAGUUAUGUAUACUCUUUGUUCUCCGAAUGGAAGACAUAAAGAUGAUGACUUUAGCAUGUUAGAGAAAGAGAAUCUUGACGAGGUGGUGCUAUCUGUACGUGCAAGCGGUUCAAACAAGAGACAGCCAUCGGAUAAUAGUCGAAGAAGUACUAGUUCUACACGAAGAGGACCCCACCAAGGAAGGAAUGGUAUGGGUGAUCUUAUAAUGAUUAAUGAUGAAAGGGGUACUUUUGGUUUGCAAGAUUUGAUGAAGGCAGCAGCAGAAGUGCUUGGAAGUGGCGGUUUGGGGUCUGCUUAUAAGGCCAUGCUGACGAGUGGAGUGUCAGUGGUCGUAAAGAGGAUAAGAGAGAUGAAUAUGUUGUCGAGAGAUGGGUUUGAUGCUGAAAUGAGAAAGUUUGGAAGAAUUAGACAUAAAAACAUUUUGACUCCAUUGGCUUACCAUUUCAGGAAAGAGGAGAAGCUUAUGGUUACAGAAUACAUGCCUAAAGGAAGCUUAUUAUAUGUCAUACAUGGUGAUCGUGGUAUUUGUCAUUCUGAACUAAAUUGGGAAAACCGUCUGAAAAUAAUAAAGGGAAUUGCAAAUGGAUUGAGUUUCUUGCAUACAGAGUAUUCGACGUACAACCUUCCUCAUGGAAAUCUCAAAUCAAGCAAUGUUGUUUUAGACGAUGAUUAUGAGCCACUUCUAACAGACUAUGCUUUGGAUCCACUAACCAACCCAAACCAUUCUGCACAGACAAUGUUUGCUUAUAAAUCGCCUGAAUAUCUGCUAAAUCAUCAGGUUUCUGCAAAAUCCGAUGUGUUUUGUCUCGGAAUCAUUAUUCUUGAAGUGGUGACAGGAAAAUUCCCUUCUCAAUAUCUUGCAAACGGCAAAGGAGGAACAGAUGUAGUUAAAUGGGUACAACGAGCAAAAGCUGAAGGGAAAGAGCAAGAAGUGAUUGAUCCUGAGAUAGCAAACGGUAGCAGUGCAGAAUCAAUUCAAGAAAUGGUUAAAUUGCUUCGAAUUGGGGCUGCUUGUGCUGAAAGUAAUACUGCGCUACGAUUAGACAUGAAGGAAGCCAUUAGGAGGAUAGGGGAAGUAAAGGUUUGAGGGAUUUGAUUAAUUAUACACAUAUACUAGGUUAAUACGAAGUUUCUGCUUCAUUCAUUUGUUAGGCAAAAUACAUUAAAGGCUUCAACAGUUGAAAUUGUCACCAAUCUUCAUUAUAAGCUCAGGAGAAGGAUAAGUUUCAGAAAUUUCAUUAAAGGGAUCAAAUUUGCAGUGUUUCUUGGGAUUUUAUCAACAAGCAAGAAAGAAUGACCUGAGUUUGCAAGACAAAUUCUGGUGGUGGCUUCUUCUCAAAGAUGUAUAUUAAGAAACAUUUCUUCUUCUUGAUACAGGUUAAGUAUGGUUUGUGAGGGCAAAUUAGUCUCCAGCCAUGAUGUUUACAUUUUUUUUUUUCUCUUUUUAUUGUUUUUAGAAUUUUUGUCAAGGUAGUUUUUGUUUUCCUGUUAUGUCUAUAUGUUUUUUUCUUUUUCUUUCCCUUGUUCUUACAAAUUUCACGAUGUAAAAUUGAUAAGAAUGGAAUGAGAGGUUCGGUUUCUGCUUAAAACUUGAUUAGAUUCCUGUAA